GGUACACAGACGGUGUCCGACAACCCUCAAGACAUCCGGCGUUCUCCAAAAUGACCAAGAAAAGAAGAAAUGGCGGCCGCAACAAGAAGGGACGUGGCCACGUCACCUUCGUUCGCUGCUCCAACUGCUCGCGCUGCGUCGGCAAGGACAAGGCCAUCAAGCGGUUCACUGUGAGGAACAUGGUCGAGAGCGCUGCUGUCCGUGAUAUCAGCGAGGCUUCCGUCUACCCCGAGUACGUUAUCCCCAAACUCUACAUCAAAAUCGCGUACUGCGUUUCGUGUGCCAUCCACUCGCACGUUGUCCGUGUCCGAUCGCGAGAGGGUCGCCGCAACCGUGCUCCUCCUCCGCGUGUCCGGUGGAAGGACGGCAAGAAGGUGAACCCCGCGGUCGCCGCAGCAGAGGAUGCCAAGGCGAACGCAGCAAAGGUAUAAGGUACCCCUACGCUGUAUCCAUAUCAUGCACCUAUGCAUAUGUACCUCCUGCACGCAAUUCUACUCUGCACACUUGCAAUCUCUAUGCGUUACUCCGUGUUCU